AUGGCGGCAUCCCUGUUUGCUCUCCGCGGCGGACGUCAGCUUGCACUCCGCUCGCGUGUGCGACUACCUACUAGUGUCCCCAGAGCUUUGGCAUUGCCAGUCAAUGCUCGCAGGUCUCUACACACCUCCCAGCCUGCAACACGCCGAGGUGUCUAUACUAGCUCCAUCUCCGACCAUGGCGAUCCCCACCCCCAGGACAUCUUCCAACCCCUCGAUACCUUCCCCCGCCGUCAUAUCGGUCCCUCUCCGGACGCCGCUUCCGAGAUGCUGGCGGUGCUCGACCCGCCAGUGAAAUCCCUGGACGACUUCGUGAAGCAGGUCCUCCCCGAGGAUAUUCUUUCCAAGAAGAAUCUCCACGUCACUGAGCCCCAUGCCGACAUCAGCCUGUACCGCUCCAGCGUACAGGGUGGUCUCGGUGAGACUGACAUGCUCAAGCUUUUGGAUACCUACCGGAAGAACAUUGAUAUCUCCGGAAAGACUUAUAUUGGAACUGGAUACUACCCCACCAUUGUCCCCCCCGUCAUCCAGCGCAAUGUUCUCGAGAACCCGGCCUGGUACACCAGCUACACACCCUACCAGCCUGAGAUCAGCCAAGGUCGUUUGGAGUCUCUGCUGAACUUCCAGACCUUGACUGCUGAUUUGACUGGUCUGCCCUUCGCCAAUGCCUCCGUUUUGGAUGAGGCAACUGCCGCCGCCGAGGCCAUGACCAUGUCCUUUGCCACCAUGCCUGCUUCUAAGCAGAAGAAGGCCGAGAAGUCCUUUGUGGUCUCUCACCUCGUCCACCCCCAGACUCUCGCCGUUAUGCAGUCCCGUGCUGAAGGAUUCGGGAUCAACCUUGUGGUCGGAGACAUUCUGGCCGAUGACUUCAAGAUUGUCAAGGACCAGAAGGAUCACUUGAUCGGUGUUCUCGCCCAGUAUCCCGAUACCGAGGGAGGUAUCUUCGACUUCCAGGCUCUCAGUGACUCCAUCCACGGACAGGGUGGUACUUUCAGUGUGGCCACUGAUCUGCUCGCCCUAACCGUUCUCAAGGCCCCCGGCGAGUUCGGUGCCGACAUCGCCUUCGGUACCGCUCAGCGUCUGGGUGUUCCCAUGGGCUUCGGUGGUCCCCACGCCGCGUUCUUCGCCUGCGCUGACAAGUACAAGCGCAAGGUUCCCGGUCGCGUUGUUGGUGUCUCCAAGGAUCGUCUUGGUAACCGCGCUCUGCGUUUGGCUCUGCAGACCCGUGAGCAGCACAUUCGUCGCGAGAAGGCCACUAGCAACAUUUGCACGGCUCAGGCUUUGCUUGCCAAUAUGACCGCUAUGUACGCUAUCUACCACGGUCCCGUUGGUCUCAAGUCCAUUGCCCAGCGCAUCAUGUCCAUGACCUCGCUCCUUCGCGAGAAGCUCGUUGGACUCGGAUAUGAUGUUCCUCUCCGCACUAACUCGGCUGAUGGCGGUGCUGUCUUCGACACUCUGGCUGUCGAGCUCCCCACUGCUGCUGAGGCUGAUGGAAUUGUUGCCGAGGCACUUGCUGCCAACGUCUUCCUUCGCCGUCUUGGAGGCAACAAGGUCGGUCUCUCUUUGGAUGAGACUGUCGGACGUGACGAGGUGAAGGGCAUUCUUGAUGUCUUUGCCGCUCACAAGUCCGUCUCCCCAGUUGAAGUUGACGGCACUCUUGGUGUCACCACUGUCCCCGCCAGUCUCGAGCGUACCUCUUCCUACCUGACCCACCCUGUCUUCAACACUUACCACUCCGAGACCGAGAUGCUCCGCUACAUCCACCACCUCGAGUCCAAGGAUCUGUCUUUGGUUCACUCCAUGAUCCCGCUCGGAUCUUGCACCAUGAAGUUGAACGCCACCAGCGAGAUGCUUCCCGUCUCUUGGCCCGAGUUCUCACAGAUCCACCCCUUCAUGCCCGCGAAGCAAGCAAAGGGUUACAUCCAGAUGAUUGAUGACCUUGAGCAGCAGCUCGCCGAUAUCACCGGUAUGCACUCUGUCACUGUUCAGCCCAACUCCGGUGCCCAGGGAGAGUUUGCUGGUCUUCGUGUCAUCAAGAAGUACUUCGAGGGCAAGGGUGACGCCAAGCGCAACCUGUGCCUGAUUCCUGUCUCUGCUCACGGUACCAACCCCGCCAGUGCUGCUAUGGCUGGCAUGCGUGUCGUCACUGUCAAGUGUGAUACCAAGACUGGUAACCUUGAUCUAGAGGAUCUCAAGGCCAAGUGCGAGAAGCACAAGGACGAGCUCGCCGCUUUCAUGAUUACCUACCCUAGCACAUUCGGAGUCUUCGAGCCUGGUGCGAAGCAAGCUUGUGAUCUGGUGCACCAGCACGGUGGUCAGGUCUACAUGGACGGUGCUAACAUGAACGCUCAAAUUGGUCUCUGCUCUCCUGGUGAGAUUGGAGCCGAUGUCUGCCACCUGAACCUGCACAAGACCUUCUGCAUUCCCCACGGUGGUGGUGGCCCCGGAGUUGGUCCUAUCGGAGUUGCUUCACACCUGACCCCCUACCUUCCCUCCCACCCCACUAGCGAGGCUUUGCAGGCCAAGCGCGGUGACAACUCCUCGCCCCCCAUCUCCGCGGCUCCCUGGGGAAGCGCCAGCAUUCUCCCUAUCACCUUCAACUACAUCAACAUGAUGGGCGACCGCGGAUUGACCCACGCCACCAAAAUCACCCUCCUCAAUGCCAACUACAUCCUCUCCCGCCUCAAGCCCCACUACCCCAUCCUCUACACCAAUGACCACGGCCGCUGCGCACACGAAUUCAUCCUCGACGUGCGCGCCUUCAAGGAGACCUGCGGCGUCGAAGCCAUCGACAUCGCCAAGCGUCUCCAGGACUACGGCUUCCACGCCCCAACCAUGUCCUGGCCCGUCUCCAACACCCUCAUGAUCGAGCCCACCGAGUCCGAGAGCAAGGCCGAGCUCGACCGUUUCUGUGACGCCCUCAUCUCCAUCCGCCAGGAGAUCGCACAGGUUGAGUCCGGUGCUCAGCCCCGCGAUGGAAACGUCCUCAAGAUGUCCCCCCACACCCAGCGGGAUCUUCUUACUUCUGAGUGGGACCGCCCCUACACCCGUGAGCAAGCGGCGUACCCCAUUCCCUUGCUUUUGGAGAAGAAGUUCUGGCCCACUGUUACCCGUGUCGACGAUGCUUUCGGUGACCAAAACCUCUUCUGUACUUGUGGACCAGUUGAGGAUUCGGAGUAG